AUGUCGGAUAGCGAGGAAAGUGACGAAGAAGGUGGACUAGGUAAUCUGAAUCGGCUGAUAGUUCGACCGCCAGGGCAUAGCGGUAAAGCGAAGCGGGGCCAUCUGUGUUUCGACGCGGCAUUCGAAUGUGGGAACCUGGGUCGCGCCGACCACAUUACCGAGCUCGAGUACGACUUGUAUGUCAGGCCGGAUACCAGCCGACCGAGAGCAAGGUUCUGGUUCAAUUUUACAGUGGAGAAUGUCAAACAGGAUCAGAAAGUGAUAUUCAACAUAGUAAAUUUUGGAAAGGAGUACACAUUGUAUGAUACAGAUAUGACACCUCUAGUGAGAUCAACUUCGCGCCAAAAAUGGCAACGAAUCCCAAAGAGAUUUCUAUUUUACCAUAAGUCCUUGGUCCAUCGAGGCCGCAAGAUCCUUAGUUUGGCUUUUGGAUUUGACCGCGAAGAAGAUGUGUAUCAGUUCGCAGCAGCGGCACCUUAUUCUUACUCUAGGCUGCAGAAAUAUUUAGCAACUUGGGAGAAGCGAGCUCAAUCCUUUGCCACUAGGAAGACCAUCGCACAGACUACCCAAAAACGUCAAGUUGAUCUUAUAACGAUUGGAGAUUUAAAUGCAAAGGAACAUGAAAACAAAGACGAGAAUAUUACAAAACUUAAAAGCAAUGAAACAAAGAAACGUGUCAUUCUCAUUCUAGCAAGAUCACACGGCGGUGAACCACCAUCUUCCUUUAUUUGUCAAGGUUUCUUGGAUUAUAUUGUAAGUUCUGCAGAGAACGCAUCUGCUCUGAAGGAUAACAUAGUCAUACAAAUGGUGCCGAUGUUGAACCCGGACGGGGUAUUCCUAGGCAACCAACGCUCGGAUCUGUUAGGCUCCGACUUCAACCGCUGCUGGCACCGCGCUACCACCUUCGCUCACCCACAGCUUAUCGCCGUCAAAGAACAUAUCCGGAAGAUCACUGCUGAAAAGACAUUGCAGCUGGAUUUUAUCAUCGACAUUCACGCUGACAUAAGCCACGAGGGCGUUUUUGUACGUGGAAAUUCAUACGACGACGUGUACAGGUUUGAGCGGCAUGCAGUGCUUCCGAAGUUCCUAGCGAUGCGAGUAGAGGCUUGGCAGUCGGAAAACUGCUUGUACAACGCGGACGCGACGCUGGUAGGCUCCGCACGUCGCGCCUUACCAACGGCUGCUGUCGACGCCUACACUCUAACCGUUUCUUUGGGCGGCAGGCGAUUGAACCCUAGGGGCCCUUAUAUACACUAUACUGAAGAUGCAUGUAUCCUUUUUCAAAUAUAG